AUGUCGCCUGGUGCAGCAAUCGACUACUACGAGAUCCUUAGCGUCGCCUCCACCGCCACGCAACAGCAGAUCCGUGAAGCCUACAAACGCGCUGCACUCCAAUCCCACCCCGACCGCGUCCCACACACCGACCCCAGCCGCCCCACACGGACAAAAAAGUUCCAACAAGUCAACGACGCCUACUACACACUCAGCGACCCUGUGCGCCGCCGCAACUACGACGCCACGCGCGCCUACCAGCGCGCCAACGCCAAUGCCUUCCACACGCCGCCGCACCCCGACGCACACUGGGAGGACGCCCAGUUCAGCGAUGUGUUUGAGGAGAUGAUGCGCGACGAGGGGUUCGCGGGCGGCGAAUCCACGGACACUGCCACCGCCCCGCGGGGUAAGUCGCUCUGGGGCAUCAUCGGCGGGUUGAGUGGUGGGGCGCUCGGCUUCAUCGUGGCAAAUGUCCCCGGGCUGGUGGCGGGGGCCGUGGCGGGGAACCGCCUGGGGGCCGUGAGAGAUGCAAAGGGCAAGAGCGUGUAUGAGGUGUUCCAGGAGCUGCCGCAGAGCGAUCGUGCAAAGUUGUUAUCAGACCUUGCGUCGAGGGUGUUGGCGCACGCGGUUGGUUAA